UGGUGCAUGAGUGCAGAAGAGUGUACACUGUCCUCCGUACUGCGCCUCCCAGUCUGAUUGUGAUGAAAUGAAGCGUCCCACCUGUAAAUGCUGCUGCAGAAUUCUUUUCAGGUGUAUCUUAUUCUUGGGAUUCAUAAUAUCCAUCCUUUACAUCUGCAAAGUGGGACUGGACGCGGAGACGUGUGACCCCCGAGCUGUGACCCCCAACCACAUAAAGAGAGCCCAUACGUUUGCCAGACAUGUUGUUGAAGCACCAUGUAGGAAAGCAUUCGCAAGGACCGAAAUGCACCGAUUGUUCCAAAAUAAGUACGACUUGGGAUUGUCCAGCUUUGUUAAGAAAACCAAAGAACUCAAUGAAUCAUUGUACCAGUAUGGGCCUCCAUUUGGAUUUUACCAGUACCUUAAAGAACUUCAUGAACUUUUGGAAAUUAUGCCUGAAGAUGACCUUCCUGAGGAUUCGAGAUCCAAGGAGUGCAAGCGCUGCAUUGUCCUAGGGAGCGGGGGAAUGCUCCACGGCCUGAAACUGGGAAACGUGAUCGACCAGUUUGACGUUACAAUCAGGCUGAACAACGCCCCAGUGCGCGGAUACCAGCGGGAUGUUGGGAAUAAGACCACCAUCAGAAUGACUUAUCCUGAAGGGGCCCCAGACUCCAGCCAGGAGUAUGUGGGCGACAGCCUGUUUGUGGCGGUUCUUUUCAAGCACGUGGAUUUCUUGUGGCUGCAGGCGAUGAUAAAGAAUGAGACUCUGUCUACAUGGAACAAGUUAUUCUUCUGGAAGAGUGUGACCGAAAACCUACCUCUGAAAUCCCAUCAGUUCCGGAUCCUGAAUCCGCUUAUAGUCAAAGAGACCGCAAUGGACAUCCUGCAGUUUCUUCCUCCCCACCAGAAGUGGUGGGGCUGGGACAAGAAAGUACCCACGAUUGGCAUGAUAGCAGUGGUCUUGGCGACGCACUUAUGCGAUGAAGUGAGCGUAGCUGGCUUUGGUUAUGACUUGACUCAGCCAGAUAUACCCUUGCAUUACUUCGAUAAACUUUGCAUGAACACAAUGAACAGACCGACGAUGCACGACGUCACCACAGAGCGAAAGCUGCUUCAGACACUGGUGCGGGAAGGAGUGGUGAAAGAUCUCAGUGGAGGAGUACAUUGCGAUUUCUGUCCCUCCCAUCAAACUGAUGGCAUGCCUAGUUUAUAAAGCACCGUUUUCCAGGACAGCCAUGCAAUGGAAUAAUGGCGUGCUCGUUCAGAUGAAGAUACAAGGCCUUUUGCCUUCUAUUUGCACAGUACUGUCUGAGAUGCUGCAGGACACUCAGGAACUCUGUGCAAGCUGUCAGGCUCCAGAGAUGUGGCGUGAUGAAAAAGCCUGACGUGCUGAGUCAUGCAUGACGCACAAAUCAUACCUGGGAAUGCUACAAAACCAUCACAAGCUAAUUAAAGUAUCGAUACUGCAAGUGUACCGGUUGCCUACGCAGACUGAACCUACCUACAGCCUAUGCAUUCUUUGUGAUUUAGCAUUAACAUUGGGACAUGAGAGACUGCGCUUUAGCCCCACAAUAUGGCUGCCUCCGCUAUGUGCAGGUCACUACAACACUUAAAGGCCUGGGUAGCACAGUAGAUAUUUUUACACUUGUCAUUCACAUAUGACUGUUGAAAGUGUCUUCAUCGCUGCCUUGUUAUUCCAUGUAUCAUGAAAUCAUGUUUGUGUGUGUUGGGGCUGUGCACCGAUCAUAGGAGUUAAUGAUAGGAUCUGCUUCAAAGAAAUGGUUAAGAUGUCAUGUGAUACAAGUAAAACCCUGGCCAAUUAUUUUGGACACAUGUCAUGUGAUAGUCAGCCCUGACCCUCAUUCUGGAUACACAUCAUGUGAUAGUCAGCCCUGACCCUUAUUCUGGAUACAGGUCAUGUGAUAGUCAGCCCUGACCCUUAUUCUGGAUACACGUCAUCUGAUAGUCAGCCCUGACCCUUAUUCUGGACCCAUGUCAUGCGAUAGUCAGCCCUGACCCUUAUUCUGGACCCAUGUCAUGCGAUAGUCAGCGCUGACCCUUAUUCUGGAUACCUGUCAUGUGAUAGUCAACCCCGUCUCUUCUUCUGGUCACUUGGUAACUUGGAUUUGCACUGUGUCAUCUUUGGAGCGCCAGAAUACCGGACUGCAGUUAUUAUGUCUUAUUGUUUUUGCUGUUUUAUUGCAAAAUUACUUUUAAGAAGUACUGCGUUUUUUCUAUUUUAUAUUACAUUUGAUGGGCUGCUGUGUCUUGUCCCCAGAGAUAGUGUAAAUGUAGUGACACCACUUUUAUGUGCAGAAUGACAGGGAUUGCACCUCUGUCUGCCCAUACAGAGAUAUGUAUAUAGAUAUAUGGACUUUACAGCCUUAGAUGUGCACAAUAAUAAUACUGUAACUCAGGACAUCGCCCCCCUUCCUCAUCUUGCGUAGAUCUACAUCUGUGGUACAUAAGUACAGGCCGGUGUCACUGUACGGUCACCAGGCUUUAUACAGUGCAGCAGGCCUGCAUUCAUACCAGGCAGAGAAUGUGUGAAUGACCUCGGGUUAUUUUCUCACAUGGAAUCCAUUGCUGGCAAUGGCGAUUUCAGCAUUAUUGUAUACCAGUAUUAAGCUCUGGUCUCCGCAGGGUUUUAGACGUCGCCCUGGCUUUCCGGAGUAAAAUUGGAAAGAAGUUUGUGUGUAUGUAAUGUAAAUGUAGUCUAUAUUCCACAGGGCAGUCGCCUCCCCUCCGCCUAGUAGGGAGGAAAUGCCGUAGUGAGUUGUUGAGUGAGAAAAUUUCUACAGCGGCGGAUUCGGUACAAUCAGGGAAACAUAAUUGCUGACGAUGGCAAGAUGAAGCCUUUUUAUAAUCGCCAAGUCGGUUCAAAAAAUAGUUUUAAUUUUUAUUAUUUUCAUGUUGGCUUCUGUAUAAUGACCUCCACCCCCGACUGUCUUCACAGUGGUAUAAUAUGCAUCCUAUGUACACAUAGUGUUAAGGAUUUGGGGGGCACCACCCACUGUAAUCCUUUCACACGUGUACUGUAAAUGUGGCUACUGAUUGGGCAGUAGACUUGGCCACAUGUACGUUCGCCAGUAGCAUCAGCCGUCAUAGACCCAUUUCUCCUGUCCUCUGGUCACUCCAGUCCAGUCACUUUGGAGCUGUGGUGCUGCAGAAAAUCCCUGCGUUUUGGUGGGUGAGGUGGUAAUUAUUGUGAGGUGAAGAUGGUUUUAUCAUCACCCAAACGCCAUACUAAUACCCCGUUCACACUGCACCAAAAACCCGGUAUUGGGCCGUCUGACCCGGUAAUUCAACCCAGGAAUAAAGAAGGGUUAUAACUUAUUACCGGCUCAGGCGCAGUGUGAACGGGUUAGCCGGGUCGAUGUGACCUGGCACCCAUUCACAGCAUAGGGAGAGGCACCGCUGGAGAUGAUGUCAUCUCGCAGCACCACUUCCGCCCCACCCCCAAUGCCACCUCUGGCCCCGCCUCCGGAUGGCAACCCGACCCGGCAUAUUGCUGGGUCGGGAAGCUACCCCCAUUCACAUUGCACAGGUCCAAUGCUGGGUCAUACCUGGAAAGGACCCGUAUCCAAUUCCCGGGUGUGACCCAGCAAUGGCAAUAUGAACGCAGUGUCAGGGACGGGUUUAUCAAAUCUUGGAGAGAGAGAAAGUACCAGCCAAUCAGCUCCCAACUGUCAUUUUACAGGUGUGUUUUAAAAAUGAGUUAGCUCAUUGGCUGCUCUCUCUCUCUCUCUCUCUCUGACAGAGAUUCAUUGUUUGAAUUAUUAGACUUCAGUGGAUGCGGGAUGUGAGUGAAUAGAAGCCAAUUCGCCGCAUGGAAGUUGUUUUCUGUGGCACGAGGUAUUAUUAGAAAUUCUUUUUCCUUCCAUAUUGAAGGAAACUAUUCUAGUCGGUAAUGUAGCCCUGAUGGGAUAACAUUAUUGUCCUAUGUUUCUGUAAAUAAUGACUAUUCCUGCAUAAUAAUAGAAAGUAAUGUAUUUUUUUAGUUAUCACAUGCGGUACAAAAACAUAUUUUCUUAAAUGCAUUUUGUCGCAAAUAUAAUUUAUUAUUGAUGUUCUUCAAAGCUUAGUGGUGUUUUAUCUUGGGGUGUCAAUGGCAUCUGUAACGGUAUAACGCCGUUACCAACCAGCCUUUCUCAAGGUGGGGCUUUGAAUUCUGGACUAGGGCCCAUUUCUGGAGAAGCUCUUAGAAAAAUAUUACCAUACCUCUGAGCCGCGGCAAUUGUGAUGCCAUAAUCUAGAUUUAAAGGGGCUAUCCCGAGGGAAAUUGGGAGGGAGAGAUGGGUGUCGCUCGUGCCUGCAUCAAUUUAUAGGGGUGCUUUUAGGGGAGUGGAAGAGAGUUUGGAUCGGCCAAACACUUUGGAAGUGCUAGAACAUGCCUAUUUUAUCAUGUCAUGCCCCUAGUGGGAUACGGCCGGGUUCCCCAAAACGUACAUAUUUGUAAUACAGACACCUGUUAGUAAAGCAUGGAUGCCAAGCAUAAAGGGUGGCCACGCUGUGUCCAAAGUAUUUGAUCAUUUUGGCUGCAUUUGCCAUGUCGUCAUGUUAAUUACCGACACACCUAUAUUAUAUAUAAAUACUCUGUGGCUAAUUGGAGUUGGUUUAACCUGUAGAUUCUACAGAGCAGUAAUUAAAGGGAUGACAACCCCUGUACAUGCCUGGUAUACACAGUUACUAAAACUGGUGUAUGGGUUACCAAUAGCAACCACAGGAUGCUGUUCUUCUCAUACAGUUUAGGAAAUGUAAGCAGGCGUCUGAUUUGUUGAGGGCUAGGGCACCUUAUCCCCACCACCUGUGUGAUGAAGCUGCUUCAAGCGAUGCACAGAUGUUAAAGGCUCACAGACAUGCUUGUUGGGUUGGUUUUUCCAGCAUUUUCCCUGUUUCUUUUCUGCACAAAAUACUUUUUGUUUGCUAAUUCAGGGGCAGAUGUACUAAGCCUUAGAAAGUGAUAAAGUGGAGAGAGAGAAAGUACCAGUCAGUCCCUGUCAUUUUUUUCAAACCCAGCCUGUAACGUGGCAGUUAGGUCCUGAUUGUCUGGUACUUUAUCUCUCCCCAAGUGCUUAGUACCUCUCCCCCUCAGGUCUCUAUUGCACGGUGAUGUAACCAUGAUGAAGCACAGGCUUUAAUGUCUGAGAGCAUUUCACGUAGCAAUGGGAGAUCUGGGGCAGUCAUGUAAAUAAAAUCUAGAAAUGAAAUGCAAACCCACAAAGAGAGUCUACUUAUUACUGUUUAAAUAGUUGUCACUGCUUGCAGCUCCUUAAGAGCCUGAUAAACUCUGUAACGAUUAUGUGCAAAUAAUCUUCUGCCCGAUAUGUCUGGCAAGCAGACCGAUUUGAAUAUGCCUCCAUAUUCAAUGAAUGCUGCGACCCAUAUAUCGCUCGGUUGGUUCACACAGGCAGAUGUACUGAUAUGUCUGCAUGAUAUAUCAACAUCGUAUAUAUCAUAUUGGCCGUGUACACAAACCGAUGGUGCAGCCAUCGUCCGUACCAUCGGUGUUCCGGCAAUUGUGUACCCAUCAUUAUAGACUACAAGUUUGGGGGCACUCUCCGUUAGUGACGGCACUUUCCGUGUCCUGCGGGGAUAGCACAGCGACGUCUGUCGGCACUAUCCUGAGGUUAUAGAUAUGUAACUAUUGUUAUUGCACUCUCUCCAAGAGCUGCCGCUGUACCGGAGUGAUGACUGAGUGAUCGUUACAUGUGUCUGAGUUGUUGUGCCUGUAAAUAGCAGAUAAGCAGGUGCCUCCCAAAACAGUCAUUUCUAAUAUGGUAAGUUUUUGUUUGUUGACAGAAAAGGGACGUUUAAUUACACUGGUCCCCAUCUUGUUACACAAGGGCUGUUAGAGUGGAGCCGCUGGGCAAUUAAUAUGCGUGAUGUUGGACGUGGCGUGUAGACGUGAACUGGAAUCUAUGCGCUGCUUUUACUGCACACUCCUGCUGGCUGUCUCUCCAGCUCUUUCGGGACUUGGCAGGACCUCUGCCCAGUAGCGAUCAGUACUUCACUCAAGUGCUAGACCUCGGAGCCAACUACAGGAAAAGCCUGACUGCAUUGUGAAUAUAUCAUGCGUUAUACACAACGUACAAGCUCAAACACACCGGUCAUAGGAACCCCAGUUAUUCCUGUGUCAGGUACAGGGUUCCGAAAUGUAGACCAGCGUCUACUUAUGCACUGACCAACACAGAACUAUUGUGGCCUUAAUCUUGCUUAGCUGCUGACCCCUAAGUCCAGUGACCCUAUAAGGCAUUGGUUCCCAAACUCUGUCCUCUGGGUCCCUUAGCAGUUCAUGUUUUCUAGGUCACCCGGUAGGUGCACUGUGUAUAACCAACUAAAAUUAAAAAUCCACAGGUGACCUGGAAAACAUUAAUUGUCCGGGGUCCUUGAGGACCAAGUUUGAGAUCCACUGGUAUUAGGUAACUUACCUUAUAGUCACACAUGUGACAGUUACUGGAGAUACAGUGUCCGCUUUGUAUACUGCAACAUGCCAGGUACAGUGUAUGGUAUACGUGGAAUUUGCUGUCUGUCUGGAUACAGGUGUUAAGGAUACCGAUGCUGGAAUCCCGACAGCUGGCGAGCGCACACAUCUAUAUAUGUAUUAAUGUAUUUAUUGCAACCAUUGAAAAUAGUCUUCUCCGGUAACUAUUCUUUAACCCUUUCAGUAGGUAACCUGACACAGGUUGGAAAAUAUGAACCCAAAACAAUAUCUUGUACUGUCCAUUAAAACUCUGAACUUUUAUCACACAUACAAUGAGAGCGGAGCCUCUGGCAAGUAAACCUAGACUAUGAAGGCAGGAAAGAACCCAAGGGACCCUCUAGACAACCCAUUUUGUGUGGUUAUCCCUGAGCACCAUCCCCAGAUCAGUACGGACGGUGUUAUGGUUAGCAUUACUGGCUCACAGCACUGAGGUCAUGGGUUCAAUUCCCACCAUGGCCCUAACUGUGUGGAGUUUGUAUAUUCUCCCCGUACUUGCGUGGGUUUCCUCCGGGUACUCCGGUUUCCUCCCACAAUACAAAAAUAUACUGGUAGGUUAAUUGGCUACCAACAAAAAUUAACCCUAGCAUGAAUGUGUAUGUGUGUACAUGUGGUAGGGAAUAUAGAUUGUAAGCUCCACUGGGGCAGGGACUGAUGUGAAUGGCGAAAUAUUCUCUGUAAAGCGCUGCAGAAUAUGUGUGCGCUAUAUAAAUAACUGGUAAUAAUAAUAAUAAUCAGUGCCUCUUACAGUAGAUUCCCCUGUGACGAGCUUCCCGUAGUCGGUGGACUAUUCUCAGGGGAUGUCCCGUUCCCGGUGCCCUCAGCUGCCUAGCGGCUUUAUGCCUCCUCCGCUGGAACCCCAACAUCAGCAUAGCGUUUAUGUUCUGAGAACAGGUAUAUGUUCAUGCUGGUCCUGUAAAAUACAAUGCCGAUUUCCAAGUGCCUCACCCUCGCCUCCCCGCUGAAACAGAGGUAUCAUUGCACUGACUGAGCUACAGUUCUACUGAAAUGUAUAAAAUACAGACGCUCUAUUUUUGUGCUAUUUCAAUAAAGCAAAGACAUGUAAA